CUAAAAAGCUCACCGUCGGGAGCUCUAGUUGGUUCAAGUUAGGGUGCUCGGAUACAAGGCAACGAGCCAGACCCUACUCUUCAAUUUUUACAGUUUUCCAAGUCUCCGAGUCCUCGAUGGAAGACGACGAUGAGUCUCCUCCACUUGCCGUUCGCAUCGAUGAACUGCCGGAACCGAUUCAACUGGAAUCUUCCUUGUGCUCAGACACUUCCGGGGGAAACAAAGAGGAAGCUACCGUGGGAGUCACCGUCAUCACCGGCUAUCUCGGUGCCGGCAAAUCUACGUUGAUUAAUAGCAUCAUAAAUGGACAACAUGGGAAGAGAAUUGCAGUUAUACUAAAUGAAUUUGGUGAGGAGAUCGGAGUAGAGAGGGCAAUGAUAAAUGAAGGUGAUGGUGGAGCACUUGUUGAGGAAUGGGUGGAGCUGGCAAAUGGAUGUGUUUGUUGCUCUGUAAAGCAUAGUCUUGUCCAAGCACUGGAGCAACUAGUGCAGCGGAAAGACAGAAUUGAUCAUAUAUUGUUAGAGACAACAGGAUUGGCUGAUCCUGCACCUCUUGCAUCUGUCCUUUGGUUGGACGAUCAACUGGAAUCAGCUGUGAGACUGGACUCUAUUAUUACAGUUGUGGAUGCAAAAAACAUACGAUUGCAACUUCAAGAAUAUCGUGAUUCCGCUUCAUUUCCUGAAGCUUUUCUUCAGAUUGCAUUUGCGGAUGUUGUGAUUCUAAAUAAAGUUGACUUGUUUGUUCUGGAAAAUAAAGGCGGAGAUUUGAUCACAGAUGGUUUGGAGGAUUUACAAAAAGAAAUUCUCAGCAUCAACUCCCUUGCUAGUGUCCUUCAAGCUGUUCGUUGCCAAAUUGAUUUACAUGAGAUAUUGGACCGAAAGGCCUAUGGUGCUAAUCAUUUGGCUCAUUUGGAGGCUUUAUUGGAAGAUAGUAAAACAGCUCCUGGUAGCAGCCGUCAUGACUACAGUGUGCGAACUUUAUGCAUUUAUGAAGAGCUGCCUGUUGAUUUAAACAAGGUGCGGCUAUGGCUGGAGGAUCUUCUUUGGGAAAAGAAAUCUCAUAUGGAUGUGUAUCGGUGUAAAGGAGUUCUAAAUGUCCAUGAUUCUAAUCAACUUCAUACCUUACAGGCAGUGAGAGAAAUAUACGAGGUUGUUCCUGCUCGGCGAUGGCGUGUGACAGAGCAAAAGAUGAACAAGAUUGUCUUCAUAGGACGCGAUCUGGAUGAGACUGUUCUGAGAAAUUCUUUCAAGUCCUGCAUAUUAUAAUUAUACUGGCAUCCUUAAUGUUCAGCCACUUGCACAGCUUGCAACCUCAUCUGAAGGAGAAAUUAUUAGGUCCAGACACCUGACAGAGAAAAUCAUACGGAUUUAUUUAUGUCUACAGUGAAAGCGCAGGUUCCGUAGCAGCUGCGCCUUCACUGUAGACAGAGAGAAAUCCGGAUGAAUUUCUGUCAGGUGUCCGGACCUAAUAAUUUGCCCAUCUUAAGGCCUGUUAGGAUCCGUUAUAGGACUGUUAUAACAAAAAAAACAGCUUUUUGGUAAGCUGACCUGAGAAGCAUACAUUUUUUUACCCAUUUUAAAGAAGUUAGAUAUCGGUUCAUGACCUGUAAGGUGAAUAAUGGAAAAUAUUUACUUAUUUAGGUUAAGAUAUUCUGACAUCAAUAUGACCAAAUGGAUUUUAUAAAUUUUGGAUUAGUUUUGAGAUUAGUGAAAUGUGAUUUUGGAUUGAUUAGUUA